AUGGCCGGCAGGGGCUGGCCAACACCCGGCAAUCGUGGAUUGGUGCUGACGUCGCGGAACGCCGAGUGCGAGCAAUAUGCCACCGCGGAUCACGUGGCUUUGGAAGGACCCCCGACCGAUGAGGCGAUAGGACUCCUCCUGAAAGCCGCCAACGUCGUUCGGGAGCACCGUCCUCGGUCGGAAGACGAUGCACGGAGGGUGGCCGUCUUGCUCCAGUCGCAUCCUCUUGCCCUGAUCCAGGCGGGGGCUUAUGUGAAGCGAGGUCACCGUCGCCUAGGAGACUACCCGCGAGUCUACGAGCGUCAACGGAAGCGACUUCUCGAGUUCGGACCGUCGCAAGCUCAAUCACGGUAUCGCGAUGUGUACGCGACGUUCGAGGCGUCGGUAGAGAUUCUCCAGACAAGUCCGACCGAGUCGUCGCGAGAUGCACUGGAGUUGCUGCCUCUGCUGGCGGUGUGCGGGCCGAGUCAACUGCCAUUGUUCGUGUUUGAGUCACCAUGGAAGGGAGCGCAGAGGAUCGCGGCCCGUGAGCCUGGCGACGAAGAUGGGCUUGGUCUGACGACGUGGCAUGCGUCUCAACUGCCAUCACUAAUCCCAGCCCAUGAAGACGCGUGGGAUUCUUUCCGGCUGGUGGAGGCCGUCAACAUGCUCAAGGCCUUUGCCCUGGUGUCGACAGAUGUGGAUGAGGAACACGUGUGUGUAUCGAUGCAUCCGUUGGUGCAUACGUGGGCAGGCGACCGUCAAGAUGAUCGGCAACAACACGGGUCCUGGGAUGGGAUGUAUUAUGGCGGCGUCGCAGAGCGUUUCAGAAUGCGCCUGGGACCGCCGUGA